AUGCGCCGCAGCCCGAGCUGCGAGUGGCGCGAGUGGGAAGAGACGCUUGACUGCUUCGGCGCCACCGCGGGCCUCGCGGGCAUGGACGCCGCCAUGGACGUGGAUCUGGACCAGUUCCUGCUGGCCUCGGCCGACGACUUCCUCGAGCCCUUCGCGAGCCCCAACGCCACGCCGGACUCGCCCAUCUUCACAUCCAACCACGAGUUUUUCUACGAGACAGAGCAGGACUUGCACAUGUUGCAGGCCGCGGGCUUCGAUCCGCACGUCGGCGGAACUGGCGCUGGUGCCGCUGGAGAGCUGCAGACGCUCGUGGAGUGCAAACUGGAGCCGCAGCCGCUGCAGCAGCAGCAGCACACGCUGCAGAAGAUGCCGACGCCCACAGCCCACCGCCACCGCAAGAGAAAGACGGCCGAGCUGCACCGCAUGAGGGGGGAAGCAGACAGACUUGCAGGGGGGAACGCCCACGUGGGGAAGAAGGCGAAGAGACAGGAGCAGCAGAUCGCAGCCGUGAAGAAGGAGAUGGAGGCCAACGAGCAGGCGGAGAAGAUCUACCGACGGAGAUACGACAUCCUGCACGGCAUCUUGGAGGCCUGGAACACAGGAGGCAUCGAGGACCUCGAGGAGAUCGCAGACAACGUGUACGACGAGGAUGUGACGCUCAUCAGCCCGGACUACUCGGAGGGGCUGCACGGCGUGGAGGCUGUGAUGUCGCACUGGAACAUGCUGCUGGACGCGUUCCCGGACGGGAUCAUGGAGGAGUACAUCAUCCAGCGAGAGGAAGGCAGCACGGAGAAGAUGAAGGCCACGUGGACCUUCAGCGGCACACAGAUCUUCCCGAUCUUCGGCGUCGAGCCCCGUCACAAGAAGGUGUGCAUCAGCGGCAAGUCCUUCUUCACGUUCAAGGGCGACAGGAUCCGGCAGAUGGUGCUGUCGUGGAACUACCGCGAGACGCUGCUCAAGCUCAUGGACGUACAGCCCGACAAG